AGCUCAGCCGGCCAGCUGUAGGGCGGCGCGCUCCUGCUGGGCUCUGACGUGCUCGCGGGCGGGUCACGUGAGCGGCGCCCGGGCCGGCUCGCCCUACGGCCUGUCGCAAAGAGCAUGGCGGCGCCCGUUUACCCGGCCUGGGUGAGCCGAUGGAUCUCCGGGCAGUGGCGGCAGAGGAAGCGGCCGCCGGCCAUCCGCCCCACCCGGCCGCUGGUGCUGGCCAACAAGGUGGCGAACCGCCGAGAGCUGGCGGGAGAGGCAACCUGUCUUACAGAGAUGUCAGUAAUGAUGGCCUGCUGGAAACAGAAUGACUUCAAUGAUAAAGCUUGUGCUGAGGAGAUCCAGACGUUCUAUGACUGCGUGGCAAAGGCAGAAAAGGAGCGCAAGGAAAAAAAGGACGAGUACGCUCUGUCACUCAAGGGAAACAUGCCUUCAAGCAAAGUGAACAGCCUGCUGAGGAGGUUUCCUAAUAUUACACGUUAUGUGUAAUGUGCUUUGCUAAAGGGACUGUGGACAAGCAGUUAAAGUUGGCGUUUUCGGAAAAUAAAUGAAAAAAGGGUUUUAUGAA